UCGGAAGAGUCCGCGAGUUCGUGUGGGUGGCAGCGGCAUAUGACCCUAUCGAGAUGCCGUCGUCCGCUGGCGUGACGAGUCACGUGACCGGCAGUCCUCCUUUUUGCCGCGAAAGCGAGUCGCGUCGAGGUUGUCGUCCAUCGAGAUGUUCUGUGAAAAGGCGGUCGAGUUGAUCCGGGAACUUCAUCGGAUGAGCGAAGGCCAGUUACCCGCCUUUAACGAGGACGGGGUUCGGCAGGUCCUGCAGGAGAUGGAGUCGCUGUAUGAGCAGAACCAGAGUGACGUGAACGAGGCCAAAGGUGAUGCACGAGCAGAUUUGAUUCCUUCGAUCAAACUGAGACAUUGUUGCCUGCUGCGCGACCAACGCUGCGUCACCGCUUACCUGUACGAUCGGCUGCUGAGGAUCAGGGCGCUGCGCUGGGAGUACGGCAGUGUCCUGCCCACCAAUGUCCGCCUACACAUGUGCGCAGACGAGCUGCAGUGGUUCUCCCAGUACAAGAAGUCUCUGGCGUCGUUCAUGCGGUCGCUGGGUGGGGACGAAGGUCUGGACGUGACUCAGGACACGAAGCCGCCCAAGAGUCUCUACAUUCAGGUUCGCUGUCUGAAGGAUCACGGUGAACUGGAAAUUGAGGAUGGGACGGUGAUCCUGCUGAAGAAGAACAGUCAGCACUUUCUGCCUCGCUGGAAAUGCGAGCAGCUCGUCCGUCAGGGGGUUCUGGAGCACGUGCUGUCCUGAGGUUCCACUCCACUCUGGCAUCACACUUUAUUGGACUCGACAAUAAAAGGUUGUCAACGGGGGAAAAAAAAAAACAAGAGUUUUCUUUACA